AAUGAACCACCUCUUGCUUAUUAUCGAUUUCCAAUUAUCGGACAUACUUGGAGUUUUUUAACGGAUUGCGAAAAGUUAAUUUUAGAGUCUCGAGAAAAGUAUGGAGAGACAUUUUCAUUAUAUGUCUUUGGUCAAAUAAUGACCGUAGUUGGAAAGGAAACGACUCAUGAAGUAUUAAAAAAUGAUCAAGUAUUUAGUUUUCGUGAAGGCAUGAAAAUGCAAGCGCCGCUACAUCUUAUAUUUAGGAACUCUAUGAAUCCUGAGAAAAAUAGUAAAAUAAUAAGAGAUUAUAUUACAGGAAAAUUAAAAUAUCUUAUAAGUAGGUUACAGCAAAAUAUUAUUGAGGCUAUAGAUCAUCAUAUUGGUGAAUGUGUUGAACCGAAGGUUAUUAGUGACCCGCGUAAAAAAAUAUCAGAUAUUAUUGCGAUCCCCGUUGCUAACAUUAUUGUUGGUGAA